AUGCAUCUCCAUCGUCGAUACUACGGGGGCUCUUAUAGUUCCUAUGGAUACGACUGGACUAGUGAAAGGAGAAGAAAAUUCGGAAUAGUUCUUGGAAGUAUCUUUGGCGGCGCUGUUGUCAUAGGUCUUUGUAUAUGGGCCAUUGUCUCCUACAGAGAGGAGAAGAAGAAAAAAGUACCUCGAACGCAGACUGUUCCGACGCCGACACAGCAGACUAGAGAUAUUCCAAGACAGCCGAAUAGAGAUAUUCCAAGACAGCAGCCUAGAUAUAAUGCAAUAAUCACACCACCGAAUCCUCCAGCAGUACCUGGUUACUUUGAACCAACAGCACCACCUCCUACUUAUAAGGAUUCACGGAACGACAGAGCAUAUAUGGAUCCAGCGCCAGGGAAUGAUGUGAUUUUGGUGGACUCAGAAAGAGCCAUGGUCAGGGCUCCGGUGUGA